UGCUAAACGUGAACUAUGAAUAUGCUCGGAUGUACAGUGUUGGCUUUGUUUCUGCUGUUGGCUACAGGGAAGGCGUCGAAGACGGAUGCUACCGUGACCGGGGAUGCGUUAAACGAGCAGUCCGAGAUAACGUGCAAAUGUAACCCGCCCUGCAAAGGACGUGAUACGUGUGUUACCCUCGGUGCUUGUUACGCGGUAAGCUCUCCUUGGAUGAACGCCUCUUAUCUUGGGUGUGUAAGAGAAGAUGCCGCCAAUCAAACGUGCGGCAAGUCGCGUCCUAGGGGUCCUAAAUGUUGUACCAGUGAUCUUUGCAAUGAUGUGGACACCAAAGACGCCAGUUCCGAGGUCGCUCCUGACAUGGAUUUACCGGUAGGAUCGUCGUCUGACUACUGAAUACAAUACGCCUCAGCAGGUCCCCUGGUCGCGAGAUGAAUUUUUUUCACAAGAUAUGGGUAUAUGUAUUUAAAAUUAUUACAGUGACAAUAAUUAUUUAUGUAAAUGUUGUAUAGUGUAUUUUGUCAUUCAUUGCAUCGGUGUGUUAUGUGAUGCGACACGUACAUUCAGCAUGUAUUGUUUGAUAUUGUAUGUAAUAAUAGAAACUUACAACAUAAUAUUAUCUAUCGUUGUUUUGAUAGAAAACAUCGCAGAUCAUACAGGUUAUUCGAAGCGUGAUGUUUUCAUUAUCCCUACUAGUUCGA